UUUAUCGAUCACGCACUCGGAAAUACGUGAGAAGCCGGAGGGUGAGUGAGACACCGAGGGAAAUAAACUCCAGAGAGUUGGGAGUUGUAGCCAUCGGUGCGGAAUAAACGGGGACCAAGGAGCCCAGCGCCGUUUAUUCAUUCAUUCAUUCAUUCAGCAGGCGCCUGUCCCGUCCCGGGCCGGUUCACCCCCCCUUCCCCAGAUCCGUGCCCGCUGCCGGGAAUGCCCUGAGCUGGACACCGGGAAGAGUGCAAGAUGCCAAACUGGGAAGUACCGGCGGAGGAGACCGGGAGCAGCCCCGGUGCUGAGGACACGGAGAAAGAAAACGAGCGGCUCGGCGGAGAGACGUCCAUCUCCCCGGUUUCAACCCUGAGCCAGAGGGAGUCCAAGCUGCAGAAGCUAAAACGGUCACUGUCAUUUAAAACAAAAGGUGUCCGCAGUAAAAGUGCAGAGAACUUCUUCCAAAGGACAGGCAGUGAAACAAAGCUGCAGGUAGAACUGCUGCCUGGAGUCAGUUCCAGCACUGGACAGCUCCCAGUUUCCGAAAGUCAAACAUGCACCCCAACGAAAACCCAGAGGCAGUCUGAGAACAGGACGCACUCUUUCCUCGAAUACAUUUUCAAGAAACCAACCUUUUGUGACACCUGCAACCACAUGAUCGUCGGCACCAAUGCCAAACUUGGGCUGCGCUGCAAGGCUUGUAAGAUGAGCAUCCAUCACAAAUGCAUUGAUGGUGUUGAACAGCAGCGAUGUAUGGGCAAGCUGCCAAAGGGGUUCCGUCGUUACUAUAGCUCUCCGUUAUUAAUCCAUGAACAAUAUGGGUGCAUCAAAGAGGUGAUGCCUAUCGCUUGUGGCAGUAAAAUAGACCCGGUAUAUGAAGCCCUUCGGUUUGGAACUUCCCUGGCUCAAAGAACCAAGAAGUCAGGGUCUGGCAGUGCAUCGGACUCCCCUCAGCGUAACUCUGCUUCAGACCUGGCUGAAGUCCCAGAGGAAGGUGCUGAUGCUUCACGUGGGCUAUCAAGAGAGUAUAGUGAUAGUGUCUUUGGCUCUCUAGAGAAUGGGCUUGAAAACAUCACAAGGGUAGAAAGGAAGCCUUCCAGUUCUCGGGCUUUCUAGAUGUUCUGUAGAUGUCCUGGACAAUAAAUAAAGAUCUGUGGAAGAAAACAGAGUCCUUUUGAAAUGUGGAUGCUAAGGCAUAUGCUUAAAGUGCCAUGUAUAGACCAUAAGUGAAGUGAAGAGGUGCUUGAAAUAUCAAGAGCAAAAGGAAUUCUGAAAGAGUGGCAUCCAGAAAAGAAGCUGUCAACAUUUCAGCCAUUUUGAUCAGAGCUGAAAAGCUACAGAGAUCUCUACUGGAGGAUAAAGUUGAGGGCAUCAGAAGAAGGAGUAGACCUAGAUGUAAUUGGAUGAUGGACUUCAGUGGUUGCAGGUGAACUACUGUAGAAAUGGGGGGAAUGAUGCACAACAGGAUAGCCUGUCAGCUCAAUGACACCAGAUCCUUUGGUAGGAGUAGUUAUAAGCAGCGGAGAAAAAAAUCUGAUAAUUUCAUAUUAAUUGUAUUUAAUUAUUUGUAAGCCAUGGACAGUGAAUGGGCAUUCACUCUCUAUAAGU